UUCCCAUCUCAGCCAGGCUAUGUAAAACAUAUGCUGCCAUAUCCUCUCCGGCGCUUCGUAACUUUGCAUCUGAAGAUUAGGCGACGACGCUGCGGCCGUGUCAAAACAACAAACUCGACUUUUUAACAGUUACUCGAAUGAAGGGCUCAUGUCUGCUGUGUCAGUGAUGAUUGUGGAGCACACGGCAUGGAAAGGAACAUCGGAGACCAGCUCAACAAAGCUUUUGAAGCUUACCGCCAGGUCUCCAUUGAAAAGGACAAUGCUAAAAAGGAGCUGCAGCAAAUGACUGAAUAUUAUGAGCGAUACACUCAAAAGCUUCAGAAGCAGAUAGAGGACCAGCAGCAGUUGAUUUCAAAACUUGAAGCUAAGUUAUCAGCAACAAGGCAACCAUCAGGAGAGAUGAAAUGUGAGCCCUGCAACCAUCUCCUUGAUGGGGCUGGCGCUUAUAGGAUAACACAGUAUCCGGAGAAUCUGGGCACCGUUGCUGUUGCUCCCAAUAUUCCAGUGAACAGCAGUGUUGACUAUCAGGACAUGCUGGAGGCAUUUGAAGCAAUUCAAGGGAAAUUCCGGCAGAUUCGUUCUCUAACCAGAAGACAAAAAGAUCACCUGAAAAGAUUCCACAGAGGAAAUGAUACAUCAAACGAUCAGCGGUUCUCCAUGCCCAUCCAGUGCACAGACCGUACAGCAGAGGCAGAGAGACCCUUCUCCUCAGCGCUAAGGUCAGCGGUGGAUGUCACAUCUCUGGCGUCCCGCGGCGCCAGCCCCGAGGACGGGGACCUAGUAGACUCUCUCACCAAACUCAGCGUCAAAUUCCCGCCCUCUGCAGACAGUGAAUAUGACUUCCUGAACAGUGCUCCAGAGAGACACAUUGGUCUGACCGUGCCCACGAAGCGGCCCCUCAGCACUGUCCCCUCCCAACUGAUGGAGGAGGAGCCUGUGGAAUUGCCCAUGCCUUUUGUCUACCCUACGUCCCCCUCCCACUCAACAUCAUCUUCGCUCUCCCAGGAGAGCGUGCGGGGACCCCAGCAGCCUGUCUGGAGUCCCGAGCUGUCUGAUGUGGUUGACGUGGGGACAGAACUGGAGACGCCUCAGAGCAGCAGUCCUGAUAAAUGUGCUUUCUGCAACGCUGUGGUUCCUCAGGACCGAAUGAACAGCCACCUCUACUUGCAUUUCUCUCCAAAGAAUGAAGCCGACAAUUGACAGUGGAAGCAGAGACUGAUGGGCCAAGGCCACAGCUACACCAAGACUUACUGUAUUCAUGGUCCAGUCCUGCCUGCCAUGAAGUAUAUGCGGUGUGUCGGAUUUGAAAUGACACUGCAAUAAGACUUGAAUCCACUUAUUUAAUAUUGAAGAAUUGAAUGGUACACUUUCUUGUCCAUUAUAUUUUUCUAAUAUCUCGCUGAGAUUUUACUCUAAGUGACGAUGAUGCAGGAUAUGGUAUAUCUGAGCAAAUAAAGCGGACAUUUACUCUUGCGACACUUUUUUUAAAUCAUUUGAAUCAUUUCAAAUUUAAAGCAGACUGGGAUACUCGUUAGUGUAGCCAUACAGAAAGACAUAAGGAGGACAAGAUGUGUAUUUAUUAACUUUCUGUAACAUGUUUAUACAUUUUUAUUUGAAAACAUGAUUUACAUUAAUAACAUACGGCAAUUUCCAAUUAGACAUUUGUUGAUGAAGACAUGUUGUGUAAAUUAAGCUUGUGAUCAUUUCUGCUGAAAUAAUCUUUGUUGUUUCCAACUUUGAAAUCACUUUAAAAGUUAGCGUGCCAUUUGUUCAUUAAAAUGAUCUACACAGAUGGCAACACAUCACGUUAGGCGCAGGCUAUUUGUUCAGCUGGAUGGCCAAUUACCUUAUUAUCUGAACAGCGAUGAUUUUACCUUAAGCAAUAUUAUGCUGUACAUAUUGUAUUAACAUUUAUUUGAAACGAACAUGACGUUUUUACUCUAAUAAUGCUAUACAAAGUGAUAAAAUGAGACAUUCUAGGCUACAUAUUAAUAAUUAAAAUGUUAACAAGACCGAACAGUGAAGUGCAGGUAGUCGUGAUUUGGAAAUAGAACAGAUGAUGUUUGAGUCACUGACUGUGUGAAAGAACAUCUUUUACAGUAUGUGCAGCACGUAUCAUUUGUCUUUUCUAAACAGCAGCCUCAGCUUUUGACUUCUGCAGUAUUUAUUCACACCUUUGCUAACAAUUGCAAUGAUUUUCCGCGUUCAGUGUGAUGAUGUUUGAGGAAACGGGGACACUGUGUGUUGAAACACUUGGUUGUGCAGAGAGAACCUUACAGCUCCUCAGCUAUGGGCUGGUAACACUUUUGCUGGGUAGAUGAGCUGGUGUGAAGACUGCAAACAAGGUUUUUCCCCCCUCUUUAAAAGUGUCGGGCACUAUGGCUCACUUCUCAUAAUCAAAUACUGCUUGAUCGACUGAUUGAUUUGUUAUUGUUAUGUUAUAAACCUUAACUGAUUGUUGCCGCUGAGCAUUUCACUGUGUUUCAUAAAUAGCUCAGAAGGGUGUAAAAAAUGUGAUGUAGUAAUGCUAUCAAGUACUCCCAACUAGUGAGUCAUUACACUAAGAUAGAAGAGCACAACUGAAACACAGCACAUCAUCAACAUGGAGGAAAAGAUGGAUCGUACUUGUCAUUUGGUGUAUUUACAAAGGUGAUUAUUACAUAUUGAUCUAAUGUAAUGUGUGUUUAUUUUGGAUUGACAUGAACCACAUAAUUUUACAAUUUGCAUCACAUUGUGGAUGCUGAGGGGAGAAUUUAUUCUGAUUUUUUUUUGGCAAAUACAUAUCCCUAAUGAUC